AUGGGAGACCAUCUCCCAAUUCGAAAACCUUUCUUACGUUGUGAUGUUGCACACAGAACCGACCAGCUUAAGAGAAGCAAGGAGAAGCUCUAUUCUCUUCGAAGCAGUAAGAUGGCCGAGGCAGCAGAUAGCCCUCGUUACAUUUUUCGUUCGCAAACCGGCGUUGCUCGAUUCGGAGCUCAUGAAUACAGAGAGCGCCACGCAUCGACGGCCCAUCGUCCAGGAGGCCUUGCUAGUCGACAUUACGUUUUGCAGGUGGAGGCAGUUCGAAAUGGUUGUAAUGGGAAAUGGUAAUUGGAGGUGAAGAUGAAGAAAAAAGAAAAAAAAGACUGAAGAAAAAAUUAUUUGUAAAGAGAUAAAAUGUAAAGAUUUUGUUAAGAAUCAAUGCAAAAUAAAAUAAUAUGAAAAGUGAAUGUGGAAGAAUAUGUUUUGCAUUAUUGGUCUUUGUAAUAUUGUGAAAUAUUUAGCUUUAUAUGACAUUUAAUCUGUAAAACAUGGCUUUAUUGACCAGGAUUAUAAAUUAUAUCUGUAAUUUGAUCCAAAUGAAAUAAAAAAAAUAUUUUCAGAACUUAUAAUUAAUGAAUGUAGAUGAAGGGGUCAAAUUAUGUUGUAAAAGAUGUGGAAUUUCAUGGAAGAUUGCAUACUGCAUAUUAAUUAUAAAGUUGUGUGCAUAUUGAAAAUAAAUUAUUUUAUGUGGAAUUGAAAAAUGAUUUUUUCAUGUAUGAAUUGAAUGUUAUCAAAGACAAAUGUUACUAAUAAUUACAUCAGUAUACUUAUUUCAAAGAAUAAUAAUUUAAAGAAAAGUAACAAAAAUACGACAAGAUAUGUGUGGUACUUAUUAUAGAGUGAACAUAAUUGUAUUAAUUUAAAAUGAUGUAGAUUUUGUCAAUUUUGUG